AUGAAUCCAAUCAUGACUAAAAAGGAAUAAGGAGGCAAUUAAAUAAGAAGAGAUGGGAAAGUACUGAUUAAGCUUGCAUAGAUGCAACAGCAAAUUAGUGAAAAAAUAAUACAUACAUCAAAUAAAUCUUAUGGACUACCCAUAAACAGAAAAGAAUAGAAAGUCUAUUGA